CUUCAAAGUUCUCGAUCAAUCUCUCAGGUCUCUCUCUCUCUGGAUCUUUCUCUCUAUAUUCUCUGGUCUGGUAUAUUCAUCAGUGGUCAAAUCUCUGUCAAGAGAAGAUCAAAUAAAGCAGUGCAGUAUUAAUUCUAUAUAUAGAUAGAUAGAUAUCGUCCUCGGACAAUCAGAAAAGAUGAUGUUUGAAAAGCAAGGAGUCGAUCGUCUUCUUAAUAAUAAUCAUCUUCAUGAUCAGCCAUUAAUGGCGGGGAUGGAUCUGAUGAAGAAGACGAAGAAGAACAGGAAAUCAAACAGAGGGACCACGGCGGCGGCACUGCAACAACAAGAAAAGCUUGAGAUUGUCGAUCUCAGUGGCUUGUCCUUAGACUCUCUGCCUAAUCCUUCUCUUAAUCUAGCCACCAUCACCAACUUGCACCUCUCCAACAACAAUCUUCAGAGCAUACCGGAGUCGUUAACGGCGAGAUUACUGAACGUGGCGGUGUUGGACGUUCACUCGAAUCAACUCACCUCGCUUCCUAACUCUAUUGGCUGCCUCUCUAAGCUUAAGGUCUUGGACGUCUCCGGCAACCUCCUCGAUUCCUUACCUAAGACCAUUGAGAAUUGCAGAGCAUUAGAAGAACUGAAUGCCAACUUCAACAAGCUUACCAAGCUUCCGGAAACCAUAGGGUUUGAGCUCAUCAACCUCAAGAAGCUAUCAGUGAACUCCAACAAGCUUGUGUUCCUUCCUCACUCCACCUCUCACCUCACCGAACUCAGUGUUCUCGACGUUCGCCUCAACUGCCUCCGGUCGCUGCCGGAGGACCUUGAGAAUCUCAUCAACCUCAAAAUCUUAAAUGUGAGCCAAAACUUCCAAUACCUAGAAACCCUACCUUACUCAGUAGGGCUCCUCUUGUCCCUCGUAGAACUUGACGUCAGCUACAACAGAAUAAAAUCCUUGCCGGAAUCCAUCGGCUGCCUCAAGAAGUUAGAGAAGCUAAGCGUCGAAGGGAACCCACUGACGUCGCCGCCGAAGGAGGUGGUGGAGCAGGGGGUUGAUAAAGUGAAGGAAUAUAUGUGUCACAGGUUGAACUCAGCGCAUGAAAGUCCAAAGAAGAGAUCUUGGGUUGGUAAGUUAGUUAGAUGUGGAACCAUAAACGGACGAUGGACGAGGAAUGGACCUACAAACAAUUAUGCUCUUGGACCUCAGUAUCGUACAAUGGAGGGUCUUGGAUCACCAAGUUUAAUGGCCAUGUUCUCUCCAAAGCGUCUCUUUUCGUCACCUCGUCGUUCUGUGUAA